AUGCAGAAGGGCUUCCUUUUGGCAAAUAAAGAUGGCAAUGAGACAGUUCUCUUUAAGAUAUCAUUAGCACUUGAUCGAGUUUCUGUGAACCAAGUUAAGCUGCAUGAAGCAUGUCUGCUUGAUCUGGGCAAAUCUCCUUUGGCAAAGUUACUGAAGUUCCUCUCGCCUGGAAAGUCUCCCCUGAAAGUGAAUAAUCCAGGAGAGUUGAUACUUCGGACAGCUGUAAUUUAUCAUUAUCCAGCAAGAAUUCCCGUAAAGGGCAGAUCUUCUUUGGCAUUAAAUUCUUUUUUCUCUGUUGAGCUCAUUCCAAUCUGCAACAGUUGUGGGUCAUCACUUUAUCGGUUGUGCAGUACAGUCUUCUUUGGAAGUUUCUUCUUGCAGAAGCUUCAGUCCAUUUGUUGGGCAAAUCUCCUUUGGCUUUUGGGGUCCUCGUUGACUCCUGUUAUCCCUCAUUACAGUGGGGCUGCUCCUGGACAGUUGCUUGAAAAAGUGUUAAUUGAAAGGAUGGAUAUGCUUCCUAGUGACUCCGAUUGGGAAAGUUCCAGUGAUAAUGGUAGAAGCAGUGAGGACAUGGAGGAACUUGACUUUCUGUAUGGUGGAAGGGCAAGGACCCUUUUCUCUAGUCUGGAGGAAAGCAUAGGGAAAAUUGAUGAGUUUCUCUCAUUUGAGAGGGGCUUCAUGCAUGGGGACGUGGUUUGUUCUGUGACCAAUCCAUCUGGACAGACGGGCAGAGUUGUAAAUGUUAACAUGCUAGUCAACUUGGAAAAUAGUCAUGGAAAAAUCACAAAAGAAGUUGAUUCAAUGAAGCUUUUGAAAAUUCGAUCCAUUUCAUUGGGAGAUUAUGUGGUUCAUGGGCCAUGGAUAGGAAGAGUCGAUAAAGUUAUUGACAUUGUCAUUGUAGUAUUUGAUGACGGGACAUCUUGUGAGGUCACUGCAGUGGAUCAAGAAACUCUUUUGCCUAUAUCUCCCAACGUACUUGAAGAUUCAACGUGUCCAUAUUAUCCAGGACAGAGAGUGCAGAUUAGGCUCUCAGCAGUGUCUAAAUCAGCUAGAUGGUUAUGUGGAGCUUGGAAGGAAAAUCAGGAUGUAGGGACUGUUUCUGCUGUAAAAUCAGGUUUAGUGUAUGUCGAUUGGCUUGCCUGUGCUCUUGUUGGUAGUGAUUUGAGUUUGCCUUCUCCCCGACGUUUGCAGGAUGCAAAGAAACUGACUUUGUUGUCAUGCUUUUUGCAUGAAAAUUGGCAGCUUGGUGACUGGUGUACGCUUCCUUUGGAAGAUUGUAAUGGUGUGAAAGAGCAGAUAUUUUUUGAUGCGACUGUCGUUGAGAUCAUUAAAAAGGACAGGAAGAUGGACCUUGGGUUUAAGGGACAGAACCCUUCUUCAAAUUUUCAGGAUAUAUUUGUUAUUGUGAAGACAAAAACUGUUGUUGACGUUGUGUGGCAGGAUGGUACUUGCUCGCAAGGAUUGGAUUCACAGUCUCUGCUCCCUGUUAACAUUAUCAACGCUCAUGAUUUCUGGCCAGGGCAAUUUGUACUAGAGAAAGGUGCUUGUGAUGAUCCACAUGUUUCAGGCAACCAAAAAUGGGGCUUUGUGAAUUGUGUGGAUGCAAAGGAACGGACUGUCAAGGUGAAAUGGAAAUCCAUUGGAGUGAACCAGGCUAACAAUGUAGGAGGUGACCAGAUUGAGGAAACCGUUAGUGCUUAUGAGCUAGUUGAACACCCUGACUACUCCUACUCCUAUGGGGAUAUUGUAUUUAAAAAUUUGGACCAAGCUAAUAAAUACAUUGUGAACAGAGAGACUGGGUUGGGUGAGGAUGCUGGUCUUGAAGGCAGUGACCAUGGUAAAGAUCAGGUUGAUUACUUGUCCUGCAUCGGCUAUGUGACAGGCUUCGAAGAUGGAGGUGUUGAGGUGACAUGGGCAUCUAGUCUCAAAACCAAGGUUCGACCUAAUGAGAUUGUUCGAAUUGAUAAAUAUGAAGUUUCAGCUGAAACAAUGAUGCGACAUGAAGAACCUGAAGAGGAAGUGAAUCAAGAGAUGGUUGAUCACGACAAACAAUUUUCAACCCUGAAAGGAAAGGACUUGCUAAAUCCCAUUAGCAUUGGCGAUGAGAGCACUAAGUUCCCUUGGGAGUCUAGUUCCUUCUCCCUUCCUCAAUCCAUUCUUGGAUUUUUCACAAGGAUCACAGAAACAAUAUUCGGAUCCUUUGGUUCCACAUCUGUGUUUGGCCCAAUAGCAUCUGACCCUAUUUCCGAAGAUGGAAAUCAAUCCAAGACACCUGAAGAGAAAGAAAAGCUGGAAACUUGUGAUUUGUGCAUGGAGAUUCAACCUUUAGUAGCUGGCGAAAUGCUGAGAUUUGAUUGGAAAAAUUUAAAGCCAGAAGUCAAAGAUGUGAAGGAUAGCAAAGAACAUCAAUCUUCAUCUGCCAGCAUGAGACCAGAACAGUUCAAGCAAUUCGAUAUGGUUGUUGAUUGCUCUGACCACCACUUUCUUGAUGGUGCAGGAAAUGGAUUGGCAUUGUCUCAGGUGAAAAGAGGUUGGUUGAAGAAGGUUCAACAGGAAUGGAGUAUUCUAGAAAAGAAUCUUCCUGAGUCAAUCUAUGUCCGCGUUUACGAGGAUAGGAUGGAUCUCCUUCGAGCAGCCAUUGUUGGUUCGAAUGGAACUCCAUAUCAUGAUGGGCUUUUCUUUUUCGAUAUAUUUCUUCCUCCAGAGUAUCCUCAUGAACCACCUUCGGUGCAUUAUCGUUCUGGUGGACUUCGCGUCAAUCCGAAUUUGUACGAGUCUGGAAAAAUCUGUCUGAGUCUCCUCAACACAUGGACAGGUUCAGGCACUGAAGUAUGGAAUCCCAAGUGCUCCAGUAUUCUUCAAGUUCUUCUCUCGCUCCAGGCCCUAGUGCUUAAUGAAAAACCCUACUUUAAUGAGGCUGGGUAUGAUAAGCAGAUAGGAAGAGCUGAGGGAGAGAGAAACUCUAUAAGCUAUAAUGAAAAUGCAUUCCUUAUGACCUGGAAAUCCAUGCUUUACCUAAUUCGCCAACCACCAAAGCACUUUGAGGUGCUCAUGGAGGAGCACUUAAGGCAACGAUCCCAGAAUAUUCUAUCCGCUUGUAAAUCAUAUCUGGAUGGAGCUCCGGUGGCAUACGCACUUGACUGUGGACAGACUGAACAUGAAAAUCAAAAGGGUGGUUCUACUUCUGCAGGGUUCAAAAUCAUGCUAGGAAAGCUCUUCCCAAAGCUUGUGGAGGCAUUUUCUGUCUUCAGUGUGAUCUCAUUCAGAGAUAUUGCCAAUUCAUCUUCUGCAGUCGCUUCUCAAGACCUAAAGGAUGUUGUUUUUGCCAUGAAGGAGCCUGAUGAGAGUGAUUAUUACGCAAUGUAUUACAACAUCUUCCUUGCAGCUCCUGUGGAAUGGCGAGCUUAUGAAAGCGUUUAA